UACUGUAUAGAAUAUUACUUCUACUGAUCUUACUGAUCCCGGAAGCAAUUUGGACGGAAGCAACAACACCAAGCUGAAGGCUGCCCAGGGAGGGAGGGCAGCAUCCCACUACAGAGGACAGCAUCCCAACAGACUCCAGAGGACAGCAUCAUCCCAGAAAAAACUACAGAGGACAGCAUCCCAACAGACUACAAAGGACAGCAUCAUCCCAGAACAUGAGCCACCUACAACAUCAAGAUCAAGAUAACCCUAAAAAGUAAACAAAACCAAAUAUAAGGAAAAUAUGAGAUUAGUAACAUUCUAGAUAACAGAGGUGAAGAGGAAGAGGAACAAUACCAAGCAGAAAAGAAUAAGAGAGAGAGAGAGAGAGAGAGAGAGAAGGGCAGGAAGUGUUUACUUCGUGCUAAGCAUUCCGUAUCUAGCGUCACAACGUCAUGAAGAAGAUAGAACAGCCUCAGUGACACAUUCAAACAUGGGGCUUAAGAGACUGGGGCAAGACAACGCUCGGUUUUAUAUGUACUUCAAUAUUUCCUCGAGUGGUGAAAGCAAGCCGGAGCUGGAAGUGGUUAUCUUGACUAAAGACAAUCCCGCCACGGUGAAGGUGACAACAAGCAGUGACGACCUGCAGCGCUGGUGUGUCAAGCUUGGCAAGUCACCAGAGGAAUACUUGGAGAAGCUGUGUGAGGCAGUGGCCAGCCAGGAUGACAAUGUUGAGAUAUUUGAGGUGCAGGACAACCAUCUCGUCUGGAAGCAGUACUUCCCUGACGAGGACAUCUAUGGCAGGAAGGGAAAGUUCAAGAUGGAAAAGGUGGAGUACAAGGAAGCGGUGGAGCAGGUACUGGCUGGGGUGAUGGAUGACCUGCACAAGACCUCCCAUCAGGUGCACAGACUCACACAGGAGGUGCAGGACAACUCAAUCAAGCUGCUCAAGGCCCAAGAGUUAGCAUCUGAAAGUAUUCAAAUCAAAGAGGAUUUUGAGAGGGAGAUCUACAGUAAGUGUGCUGCUCUCAUCAAUGCCAAGAAGCUGAGGAUCCACCAGCUGCGCUCCACCCACCCCAGCAGCUCAGCAGCAGGUAGGAGCGGCUGUCUUGUCCGCACUGGUGAUGAGGUGGCUACCAGCAGCACGCCGCCAGUGAAAAGACCCCGGAAGCAGGAAGUGGACAGUGAUGGAUACAGCUCAGAUACAGACGUGGAUGAUCCAGAUGAGGAAAUUGACACAGAUGAGGAGCGAGCGACUAGCCUCUCUCCAGUCAAGCCCAGUAGAGAUAGAGGGAUAGUCAAGCGAGAUCAAAAUGAGGAAAAGACCAAAGAUUCAAACCUACCAGACUCACAGGAGCUUUUCAGUAACAGCAUAGAGGCAGAGCUGUUCUCGAGUGACACAGUGGUGCAGCAAAAAGCUGACAGUUCAACAUCACAUACAAAACUGGGCAUCCAGUCACCACCCCAGUUAGUUAGAAGCAACGCAGCCCAGCCAGUCCCUUCAUCAUCUAGUCCCGCCACGUCCAAAGAUAAUUAUGAUGAUGAAACGCAAAUGUCUAUACUUAACACACUAUUUUAAGGGUUUUUAAUAAAGGUUUUCUGGUCAGGAAAUUUUGAAUAUGAUGGAAAAAAGAGGAAAAAGGCCAAAGAUGAAUAUGAUGAUGACAUGCAAAUGUCAGUUCUGAGUUUAUAUUUUUUAUGGCAUAAAAUUUCUGAGGAGGAAAAGUCCCACUAAAGAUGUAAAUAAAAAAAAAAAGAUAAUUAUUAAAAAAAAAUAUCCAGAAACUGCAAAAAACAAAGAUGCCAAAAAGAAAAAGGCAGACAAAAAUAAUGAAGACAAAAAGUCUUACUGAAGACAGCCAGUCCCCAAAAAACAUACUAAUUGUCCUGGAAACAUUAUAGAAGAUGAGGCAAAGUGUCUUGAAACGUCCUUCUGUCAGUGAUAUAGGAAGUGUUAGGUGAUGCAACACGUGUCUUAGAGGCAGUGAACGUCCUAUGCAGCAAUGUUGGGUUUGUUCUUUGUUACAUCAUUUUGUUACACUGGUCUGGGAAGUUUAUCUAAGUCAGCAUUACUCCCAUCUGUCUUGCAUUAGUGAAUCAGUUUAUUUUGUUUCUGUUUAGCAAAGUCUUAUAUUUCAUUGUUACUGUUGACGUAUUCAACUUAAGCCUACUCAACAUAAUCUGAUUCAAUACAGAUUUAUAAACAGUAUUGGUAAUGGUAACAGUGAAAUAUGCAAUGUUAUUUUUGUUCUGUUUAAUAAAAGCAUAUAUUUCAUUGUUGAAUAUGCUAUUACUGUUGUGAUAUAUAUAUUUAAUCUGACAUAACUAACUUGUACUUAAUUCUCUACAAACUUGUGAUUAGUGUUGAUAAUGAUAAAAGACGGUGGUGUACAAUAUUAUUUACUCCUAAGAGAAAGAAAUAGAGACAGAUGGAAAUAAUUCAGCAGUAAUGCUUGCUUAUUUUGUUGCUUGUUGAGUGACUGACAAGUGUGUGUGUGUGUGUGUGUGUGUGUGAGAGAGAGAGAUUUUGUAUUUUAUCAUUUUAUGUAACCACUAUAUCAUAUUUCAUUAAAGUCUGAGAGAGAGAGAGAGAGAGAGAGAAUAGGUCUGUGCUAUGAUAAUUGAAAAGUGCGUUAAUGUUCUAUUAGUGUUAAGUAUGUUACUGAUGCAUUCUUAAAAUACUACUACCACCACCACUACUACUACUUUUACGACUGUUGCAACGAUUAUCUUCUCACAUUUGACAAAAAAAAGAUAAAAGGUUAUAAGAUUAUUUUUUAAAGAAUAUAUUACUUAGCCAUUUAUAUUCUGGUUAAUAAACUAUUUGUUGGGA